CUCGUUUCCAUCUGAUGUAUUUGCCAAAUCGAGAUAAUAUCUAAAUAUAUGUCUACGAUUUUUCUCUGUGUUGGUUGGCUAAGGACGUUGCGCUUGCGUUGUCAAAACUCCGCAAGCAAGCGCCGCCCGGCACUACCAAGUCCGCCGACUGGGGCGCCUAAUCACGGCGGCAUUUGCCCUAAACUCCACUACCUAAAGCUUCCCGCGUUCCGUCCAGAUCCGCCGUCACAUACAAUCUGCGAAACAUAAGAGCAAUCGGGAAAGGCUCUCAUACAAAUUUCAUUAUUGAAGAAACCUCUCUGUUUUUCUCAUUUAAUUCUCUUGCUGCUAUCAUCAUCACCGGUAUUGAUUUCAAGAAGAUGAAGGUGCUCAUCGCUGGCGCGAGCGGAUCUAUUGGAGGCGAAUGCCUAGCCCAAUGUCUCGCUCAUCCUAAAAUAUCCACCGUUGUCGCAUUUGUACGACGAGACCUACCCGUCGAAGUAUCAAGCCACCCAAAGCUACAGUGUGCUAAGAUUACGGAUUUCGCACAGUGGCCUGAGGAUCUUUUGGAAGCGCAUGCUGAUGCUGCAGGCAUGAUCUGGGCGAUGGGCUCAUACAAGGGUAGCCGUGCGGUGGAUGUGGAAUACCCUCUUGCAUUCAUGAGGGACAUGGAUCGUGUGCUACAAUCAAGACCGUCACGACCUCGGUUUGGAUACGUUCACCUCAGCGGAAUGUUCACACGCCACGACCAAGACACAAAGCUGUGGUGGCUGGAGUACGCACGUAAAAUCAGGGGUUUAGGUGAGGCCAAAGUCCUCGAAUUCGGAAAUAGCAAUGACGUCAGGUGGAGGGUUUCCGUAGUUCGACCUGGAGGGGUCGCGACCGAGGCGAUAAUAGGUUCGCGUACUCUUGCGUCCAUGCUAGGAGAGAAUUGGCUCGUUCGGAUUGAAGAGCUAGGUGCAUUCAUGACGUAUCUUGCUAUUGAUGGGGGAGAAGAGGGCGCUAUAAUUGAGAAUGCUCGAAUAGUGAGAAAGGGGCGAGAGUUAUUGAAGACACAGUAGCAGUCGCCAGAGACUGCCUAGAUGAUAG